GGAGGAGAGAGAGAGACGCGCUCCAAUGAGAAAAGUUUACUUGUUCUUCCUCCGCACAGUCCCACAGCUGAGGGCAUUGAUGUGAGCGCAGAGGCUUUCUGUUUUUUACGCGCACUUCUUUCCCCCCAUCUUUCACCCUCACACACGGAGCACAAAUCCACCUUCUCACCUUUAGUUUAGCGCGUCUCUAUUUCUUUUCUUUCCUUUUCCUCCCUUUUAUGAAUGAUUCUCUCUAGCCAUACAACUUCUACUACUAGAAUAACCUCGGAUACCUCGCCGUCCUCGUCUGCACGACCUCACCUCGGCACACCUUCUCUCCUCAAGUUCAAACGCCACCAGGACUUUCACAGCAGCUUCAGACGCACUUGGGGAAAAUAUCACUCGACGAGGAAAAACUUGAUACUUUGUGCAGCAGCAGCGGCAGCGGCUGAAGCGACCGUCAACAUGAGUCUCAAAGCUGACGCAGAGCCGAAUAACAACGUUUCCAUCGAGGAGGAGGUACGAACACUGUUUGUCAGUGGCCUACCAGUAGAUAUCAAACCACGGGAACUUUACCUUCUCUUCAGACCCUUUAAGGGUUAUGAAGGGUCACUGAUUAAGUUAACUUCAAAACAGCCUGUCGGGUUUGUAACCUUUGACAGUCGGUCUGGAGCUGAAGCUGCAAAAAAUGCAUUAAAUGGUAUCCGUUUUGACCCCGAAAGUCCCCAGACCCUGCGCUUAGAGUUUGCUAAAGCCAACACGAAGAUGGCAAAGAGUAAGCUGAUGGCCACACCGAACCCCACAAAUAUCCACCCUGCUCUAGGAGCACACUUCAUUGCACGGGACCCAUAUGAUCUGACAGGGGCAGCACUGAUCCCAGCAUCACCAGAUGCCUGGACACCUUACCCCUUGUACACCACGGAGCUGACCCCAGGCCUCCCUCACGCAGCGUUCACUUACCCAGCGGCCGCUGCCGCUGCUGCAGCCCUCCACGCCCAGGUGAGGGACCAACCGAUGCGCUGGUACCCUACUCCCUCUGAGACUUCCCAGCCUGGAUGGAAAUCCCGGCAGUUUUGUUAGAUAUUUAGCUUCUGGAAACCACACCUUUGUCCAGCUGAAGUGAGGUUUGCCAAGCUCUUCAUUAAUUUAAUCAGGUUUAUUUAAUGGACAAAUGUGCAUUAUUAUAAACAAACAGUAUUUAUAUCUCCUCCCGAUUGUCUCCGGGGGGAGUUUGAGUUGAAACCAUCUUGCUGUCGACAAUCUGAGCUCAUCCUUGGCAACUAUUGCGGUACCAUCCUAGCACUUCAAAAAAACAAAAAAAAAAAAAAAAAAAAAAAACCUCAU